CAUCCCCCACGACCUUGCACAGAAGUGUCUGGAUAUUGCAUAGACAGUGUGAAGGAUAAUGCAUUAUGUUGAUACUGGGCCUUUAAAUUAUUUUGCAUCCGGAGCAAUUGCCUUGUGUUUCCAGACGGACACAAGACAGUGUCCUCGGCAUAAGAUCGUGUCUCGGACGGGUUUCUGUACGAGGAAAACACAGGUCUACUGUUCCUGCUGCAGGUCCUCAUUUCACUAUGGCUCAGAACCAGGUGAUCCUGCAGUUCCGCUUUGCCACUUUUGGAGACUCGAUGCUGCAGAAAAUGAACCUUCUGCGUCAUCAGAGACGUUUUUGUGACGUCACUGUGCGCAUAAACCAGCUGGAGGUCCCUGGCCACAAGGUGGUGUUUGCUGCUGGUUCAUCCUUCUUGAGGGACCAGUUCAUCCUCCAGCAGGACUCGAGGGAAGUCCAGAUCUCUAUGAUCCAGGAGGCAGAGGUGGGCAGGCAGUUGUUGCUAUCCUGCUAUACGGGACAGCUUGAGUUCCCUGAGCUAGAGCUCGUCCAUUAUCUGACAGUGGCCAGCUUUCUUCAAAUGGGCCACAUUGUAGAGCAGUGCACUCAAGCACUUAGCAAGUUCAUCAAACCUCAGGCUGCUCGACAGCUGACAGUGGAUGUGGAAAUGAGACGAGACAAGAGGGACGAGGGGUCGUCGUCUCAGGCCUUGAGAGAACAGCAGCACUCCCAGGUCCGGACCAACCAUCAAGAGGAGGCCCUGGUCCAACAGGUUGAGGAGGACAUUGAUGACAACAAUGGCGAUGAUGACGAUGACCAAGAUGAUGAUGAUGAUGAUGAUGAUGACGAUGAUGUCAUCAUACAGCCCAAGACCCCUCCCCAAAUCGUGGAGAGACACCCCAGACAAAACAUGGAGGAGAAUGACAUCACAAUAGUGAAGGUGGAGUCUGUGUCUGAGGUGGAGGAAAACCCCAUCUCCGGUCAGUUCUCCACCAGCCCCCCUGCAGCCCUCCACUCCCCUGAGCCCCAGCACUCGCUCAUCAACUCCACCGUGGACAGUCGGGGCAGUGAGAUGGCCGCGCCGCCUGGGAGCAUGUCCGGAUACCCGCUCAGUCCACCGCCCCCCUCCCCUCCUGCUGAGAAACACAUCGUGCACCAGAGGAGCUACGAUAAGCCCCUGCAGUGGUACCACCAGUGUCCGAAAUGUGCCCGAGUCUUUCGCCAACUGGAGAACUAUGCCAACCACCUCAAGAUGCAUAAGCUGUUCAUGUGCCUCCUGUGCGGCAAGACUUUUACACAGAAAGGCAACCUGCACCGACACAUGCGGGUCCACGCUGGCAUCAAGCCCUUCCAGUGUAAAAUCUGUGGAAAAACCUUCACCCAAAAGUGUUCUUUGCUGGACCACCUAAACCUGCACAGUGGGGAUAAACCCCACCGCUGUAACUACUGUGACAUGGUAUUUGCCCACAAGCCCGUUCUCCGCAAGCACCUCAAACAGAUCCACGGGAAGAACAGCUUUGACAAUGCAAAUGAAGGCAGCCUGCAUGACGGGGGGCUGGAGUUUGAGUUUGGCCGAAUAUGAAACCCGCUCGUGUUUUUACAUCUGCUGGAUCAGUUAUUCAUGUCGGCUGUGUUGCAGGUUGCUGUUCAGAUCACUAGCUGUGGACUCUAAUAUUCCACCGAUAGUUGGAAUAACCAGUCUGACUAAAAAUGCCUCAUGUAAAGCUUCAUCAGAACAGCUCUCCAAUGGGAUUGAGAGGAGUGGUGUACACCUUCGAUAAUCCACUCAGUGAGAAAAUAUUGACCAAGGUUGUUGCAUGUUUUAAGAUAAAUGCAACCUAUCUAGUUACCAACUUCAAAGCUUUGAUCCAUCAUUAAUAUUUUUGGAAAAGGAAGAAGCUUCAUACAUCUGUCAGUUGUUUGAGCAAACAGAAUGAGUUGCACAGCUAUCGUUCAACAGUUCAGACAGUAAUAUGGAGGUAGAUGAUCAUGAAAUGGAGGAUGAGGACAGAAUAGAGACAGAGGCCGCUAAAGGUGGCAAGUAAGAGGACUUCAACAUCACCUACUGUUUGAUGAAUCCAUUUAACAAAUUAAUUACAUUUUCACAACUAAUAGAAUUACCACAUCAUAUUCAAUUUGUGAGGUGUCUGUUCCUCACAGUAUUUAUCAGAUUUUUUAUCAAAAAAUAUUAAGUUGAUGUGAAAAGGCCUAGCCAAGUUUACACGACAACGGCUUUAGGAUGAAAUGCAAAGCUUUUUUUUUUUUUUUUUUUGCAUUUCUGCCUCCUGUUUCAACAGAAAUGUCAUUUUAGAUAAUAUGGAUACAGAAACAUUUGAAUACAGCCUCCAGAGUAGAAUUAUUCUCAAAUGUCAGUAUGUUGCACAGUUUAGCUGAGCUACAACAACAGUUUGACUAAAUAGUUUAGUUUGACUAUUUUCUUUGUCCCAGUUUAAAUUCAAGAUCAUCUAAUCGAUGUAUUGUUGAAAUCCAUAGGUGGCGAUAUGAAUUCACUCAGCUCGUUAACCUACACUGUCACAGACCACAAUAGUAGUCAAUAGCAAGCUAGCUGGUCAUCAACCCAGAGAAAAACUGGCUGAACAAUGGACAACAAUGCAAAUGUUUUGUCCAAAUAAGAUACUUAACACAUUUACCUGCAAGUCCAGGUUUAGUUGGACUAAUACAGUAAUUUAUUUUUUUAAGUAUCAUGUAAGUUGAAGUUUUCAGCAACAACACUUGCUCCACUUUGUUCAUGUACAUUACACUUUCAUUUUAAUUGCAUGUGUAAAUCAGACAACAAUAACAGCUGGCUGUACUUCUGGCAGUCUUUGGAGAAAUGUCGUGGUCAUGUUUGGUGUGUCACUACAAAGUUACAUGGGUGACUACUGGCCUGGCAUUCAUACGACAGCGUUUUCACUUCUUUAAUGUUCCAGUGUAAACAGGGAUUGUUUUCACUCCAUUGUUGUGUAAAUCCAACAAGGCAAAGCAAAUGCUUUUGUGUUUUUCUGGUGAAACGUUAUCCUGUCAACAGGACCAUUACUAUCUGUCUGUACAUCAUUGUACAUGGAGGUAACAUUAGGAGAUGUUGCAAGUUUCUACAAUGGACAGAAACAUGGUGGUAGCAAAGAACAAACUGUAGCUUAUUGUUGGAGACCUUUAAAUGAAAAUGUAAGUAUUGUUGAACACCUCAAUAGUCAAAAGAGAGAGAGAGCAAAAACAAAAGUCACUCUUUUGUUGUAUUUCCUGACGCUUCACAGCCAAUGGACCCUUCAAAAAAACAUUCAGUUGGGGAAUGUAAACAUCUCAUCAGAUCACUUUAUUUAGCGUCCAUGUAAAUUAGGGUUUCUUGAACCAAGCCCCACUAACAGAAUCAUCAGCCUACCCCCCCCCCCCCCCCCCCCCAUGCCCGGAAAAAUUUGUGGGACUGGGGGGGAUAUGUAAUUCCUUAAGUAACACGGCAGACCUGUAUGUGGAGGACGUGGUGGGUUAUAGUGCUCUGUUGAUAAAGCUGUGAGAAGGUAAAAGUGAGCUCCUCUUAUCACCAUAUCAUUGACAACCUGCUGCCCCCCGAACACAAAUUUGCAACCACACAAUGUGCCGGACAAUAUGCCACCCCACCCCCCCACCGCUCACAUACCUCGAUCCGUCCUCAAUCCGGACCUCGAUACAUAAUUCUACAAGUAACACGACGGACCUGUAUGUGGAGGAUGUGUAGAUGAAGCUGUGAGAAAGUGAACUCCUUAUCAUUGACUAUCUGCUGCCCCCCGAGAACAAAUUUGCAACCUGGGGGGGGGACAAUAUGCUGGACGAUAUGCUUGAACAUUGAGCCUCCGAUGGCCACUUUCCACAGAAGUAUCAUCCAAUUCCUGAGGGUUAAACUGGAGAACAUCAGGACAGAUUGAAACAUUUUACACACCGCUUCUUCACUGUAGCUUCAUUAUUGUGGACAUUCUUUCUAUUAUACGAUGUAGAUGCCUUUUACAGCUUUGUUUUUAUUUUUGAUAGUCAUCAUGGGGUGGAUGGAAUGGCAGAGGUGGGACUGAGCCACUUCCUCGACGCCCCACUUUUAUACCUUACUUGAAUCUGAAGCACUGAAACACAAAAUGUAAUGAUUGUACAUCAUUGGUUUUAUCGAUAACAUACAUGGUCUUUAUGUCUACAGUAUUUUGUCCAAAAUAUAUCGCAACGUAAAAACCAUCCAUCUGUACAUUGCGUAUUCAGUAAACUGUAGCCAUUCUUUCUAACAUGUGAAUAUGAUAACAUGGACUUUAUAACUAAAAGAAACGGGUGUGUAGAUGAAUAUUUUAUUGAAGGUCAGCUAUUAUACUGUAUGUCCUGUUGAAAUAGUGUCUAUCUGAACUGAAUUCAUUCUUUUAUAAAGACUUUUUAGAUGAGGUACUAUUGGACCAAUGUGACAUUGUCUCUGUCCUGUGUUCAUGGAAGUCAAUGCGUGUUCUGAAAUUAAAAACUGACUCUUAUCCA